CAACUGCAGCAGAGCAGGUGGGGGCGGGGCCAGAGUAGUACUCAUUUGGCGGCUGCGGCAACACGACGUGCGCGCGCCUGGUCGACGCCUCCGUCGGUGUGAUGUAGGCCGGCAGCCCCUUCGCCUUCCCCGUCCUCCGCACCGCACCAUGCCGGCGGGGAUGAAGCCGCUGGAGAAGUUCCUCAAGAAGCAGAGCCGCGCCGGGGCUCUGGAAAAGGCCGGCGGGGGGAGCGCGGCGUCGCGGCGAAGGGCCAGCCUGUCCCGGGUGGUGCCGUUCUUCAGGGAGACGUCUCCGGACGGAGGGCAGGCCCGGGAGGUCUUCAGUCCUGACAGCGAAGACCUUCCCCCCUGGCCCGCCGCCGCCGCCCCCGUCAACGGCUCGGCCUGCGGAGACGUCCGGAGUCCGUCCUUGUCCAGCGACGAGCAGAGUUCGGAGGCCAGCCUGGUGCUGGUGGAUGGCGGCGGUGGGGGCGGGGCCUCGCUUCCCGCCGACACGCCCGAAAACAUCACCCUCGCCCUGCUGGACACCGUCACCGGACUACGCCACGGACACUGCGCCGAGACGCUGUUGGAUGACUUCAUGUUGACCCAUCCCAUCUUCCUGACGGCAGACACCUUCCAGCAACUUUUACUGCAACAAUUUAGUGUGAACCCAGGGGAGGGGGAGCAGGAUGAGAGAGGAGGGGCGGGGCCAGACGGGGAGGCGGGGCCUGCGCUGGAGGGCGUGCACAAGAAGCGGGCGGUGCUGAGCGUCGCCUUUCGAUACCUGGACAUGUACCGAGACUUCCUGCAGGAGGACGGCGACAAAUUCCCCAAGGAGUUGUACGUGUGUGCUCUUCAGGAGCUGAGCCGCCAUCCUGAGCUGGUGGACGACGUGGUCAAACUGCAACGCUGGACAGAAAUGUUCAACUGCCCCUGUGAGGAGGAGAAGGAGAGCAGGAGGAAGCAGGUGCGACCGCUCUUCCGACACUUCCGACGCAUCGACGCCUGUCUGCAGCCCAGGGAGGCGUUCAGGGGCUCGGACGAGAUCUUUUGCAGAGUGUACACGCGCGACCAUUCCUACGUCACCAUCCGCAGUCGCCUGUCCUGCCGGGUGGGAGACAUCCUGGCUCUGGUGCGAGAGAAGCUGCAGUACAGCGACGAGCAGCCCCUCCUUCCCGGGAACCUCAUCUUGGUGGCCGUCACCUCCGCCGGAGAGAAGGCGGUGUUUCGCCCCAGCGACGAGGCCGUCUUCACCACCCUGGGAGUCAACACGCACCUCUUCACCUGCCAGCCCUGCGAGCUGGACUCACUGCUCCCGCUCCCUGAGGAGAUCCACUGGACGCCGGGGGACAGCAAACUUCACGACAUGUCAGCGGAAGAAGUGGCCAACCAGCUGGUGGCCUUCGACUGGGAGCUCUUCAGCUGCGUGCACGAGGUGGAGUUUGUGUGUUACGUGUUUCAUGGAGAGCAGUCCCGCUGGCGCCCCCUCAACCUGGAGCUGGUACUGCAGCGCUGCAGUGAAGUCCAGCACUGGGUGGCCACUGAGAUCCUGCAGUGUCAGUCCUUGCCCAAACGUGUCCAACUGCUCCGCAAGUUCAUCAAGAUCGCAGCGCUGUGUAAACAGCAGCAGGACCUUCUCUCCUUCCUGGCUGUGCUGCUCGGACUGGACAACCCCGCCCUCAGCAGACUGCGACUCACCUGGGAGGUCAUUCUGUCACGCCGUUACCAUGGCAACCACAUCAAAUGCAUGCAACCAAGAACAGCUGAUCAUUUCUUUCUGUGUGUGUACCAGGCCCUUCCAGGAAAGUUCCGGAAACAGUUCCAACAGUUUGAAAGCAUUGCUGAUCCUUCCAGAAACCACAAGUCCUACAGAGACCUGAUCACCAGUCUGAGUCCUCCAUUGAUCCCCUUCACUCCUCUGCUGCUAAAAGAUUUGACGUUCCUUCACGAGAGCUGUAAAACUUUUCACAGCCAGCUGGUCAACUUUGACAAGAUGCACAAAGUGGCCGACAUGGUGCGCAACAUCCGAAGAUACCGCAGUGGACAGCUGGCCAUGGAUACGGAGACCUCGCCAUCCCACCUGCAGACCAAGGCGUACGUACGACAGCUGCAGGUCAUCGACAACCAGAACCUUCUCUUUGACUUGUCUUGCAAACUGGAGCCCAGAGACUCCUAGGGACUGGGAGAGACGUCAGGACACGUCCCGCCUCCUCUUUGUCAAUCCACAGGUGGAACGCUUCUUCACUCUCAGCAAACUGGAGCCCAGAGACUCCUAUGGACUUGGGAGAGACUCUUCAGGACUCCUAGGGACUGGGAGAGACUCCUCGGGACUGGGAGAGACUCCUCGGGACUGGGAGAGACUCCUCGGGACUGGCAGAGACGUCAGGACACGUCCCGCCUCCUCUUUGUCAAUCCACAGGUGGAACGCUUCUUCACUCUCAGCAAACUGGAGCCCAGAGACUCCUAUGGACUUGGGAGAGACUCUUCAGGACUCCUAGGGACUGGGAGAGACUCCUAGGGACUCGGAGAGACGUCAGGACACGUCCCGCCUCCUCUUUGUCAAUCCACAGGUGGAACGCUUCUUCACUCUCAGCAAACUGGAGCCCAGAGACUCCUAGGGACUUGGGAGAGACUCUUCAGGACUCCUAGGGACUGGGAGAGACUCCUCGGGACUGGGAGAGACUCCUCGGGACUGGCAGAGACGUCAGGACACGUCCCGCCUCCUCUUUGUCAAUCCACAGGUGGAACGCUUCUUCACUCUCAGCAAACUGGAGCCCAGAGACUCCUAUGGACUUGGGAGAGACUCUUCAGGACUCCUAGGGACUGGGAGAGACUCCUCGGAACUGGGAGAGACUCCUCGGAACUGGGAGAGACUCCUCGGGACUGAGAGAGACGUCAGGACACGUCCCGCCUCCUCUUUGUCAAUCCACAGGUGGAACGCUUCUUCACUCUCAGCAAACUGGAGCCCAGAGACUCCUAGGGACUUGGGAGAGACUCCUCAGGACUCCUAGGGACUCGGAGAGACUCUUAGGGACUGGGAGAGACUCCUCGGAACUGGGAGAGACUCCUCGGGACUGAGAGAGACGUCAGGACACGUCCCGCCUCCUCUUUGUCAAUCCACAGGUGGAAGGCUUCUUCACUCUCAGCAAACUGGAGCCCAGAGACUCCUAGGGACUUGGGAGAGACUCCUCAGGACUCCUAGGGACUCGGAGAGACUCCUAGGGACUGGGAGAGACUCCUAGGGACUGGGAGAGACUCCUCGGGACUGGGAGAGACUCCUCGGGACUGAGAGAGACGUCAGGACACGUCCCGCCUCCUCUUUGUCAAUCCACAGGUGGAAGGCUUCUUCACUCUCAGCAAACUGGAGCCCAGAGACUCCUAGGGGCUCGGAGAGACUCCAAGGGACUCCUAGGAGCUCUUAGGGACUAUGAGAGACGCCAGGACGAAACGACGUGAUAUCCUGCCAGAGGUCACGUCGACGGGUUGACCUCUGACCUCAGGGACAUGUUUUUCUUUGGUUAUUGCCGUCUUUGGGAAGUGUAUUGUGGGCGGGGCCUCUGCAAUAACAGAGGGCGACGCCCCCUUCGCCGUCAACCAAGCACUUUGACCACGCUCAGGGCUCCCAGGUGUUGUUUACUUCCUGUUGUGUCAAGAUGACUUUUUGCUUCUUCUUCUUCUUCAUCGUUCCAGACAACAAACACUAAGGACUAGUUUCGGUUGCCAAACUGCGACGCUCCAAGGUAACGGCUAGGAUAAUUGUGCUAGCUGUGAGCUGACAGGGUUAUUAGCUUCCUCUGCUAAUACGGAAGAUAAUGCUAAUAAGAUGGUUAUUAGCUUCCUCUGCUAAUACGGAAGAUAAUGCUAAUAAGAUGUUUUUUAGCUUCCUCUGCUAAUACGGAAGCUAAUGCUAAUAAGAUGGUUAUUAGUUUCCUUUGCUAAUACGGAAGAUAAUGCUAAUAAGAUGGCUAUUAGCAUCCAAUGCUAAUACGGAAGAUAAUGCUAAUAAGAUGGCAAUAGCAUCCAUUGCUAAUACGGAAGAUAAUGCUAAUAAGAUGGCUAUUAGCCUCCAUUGCUAAUACGGAAGAUAAUGGUAAUAAGAUAUUUAUUAGCUUCCUUUGCUAAUAAGUAAGAUAAUGCUAAUAAGACGGUUAUUAGCUUCCUUUGCUAAUACGGAAGAUCAAUCAAGAUAAUGCUAAUAAGAUGGCUAUUAACAUCCAUUGCUAAUACGAAAGAUAAUGGUAAUAAGAUGUUUAUUAGCUUCCUUUGCUAACAAGUAAGAUAAAGCUAAUAAGAUGGUUAUUAGCUUCCUUUGCUAACAAGUAAGAUAAAGCUAAUAAGAUGGUUAUUAGCUUCCUUUGCUAACAAGUAAGAUAAAGCUAAUAAGAUGGUUAUUAGCUUCCUUUGCUAAUAAGUAAGAUAAUGCUAAUAAGACGGUUAUUAGCUUCCUUUGCUAAUAAGUAAGAUAAAGCUAAUAAGAGGGUUAUUAGCUUCCUUUGCUAAUACGGAAGAUCAAUCAAGAUAAUGCUAAUAAGAUGGCUAUUAGCAUCCAUUGCUAAUACGAAAGAUAAUGGUAAUAAGAUAUUUAUUAGUUUCCUUUGGUAAUAAGUAAGAUAAAGCUAAUAAGACGGUUAUUAGCUCCCUUUGCUAAUAAGUAAGAUAAUGCUAAUAGGUAAGAUAAUGCUAAUAAGAUGGUUAUUAGCUUCCUCUGCUAAUCCGUGACAGUGGGAACAUGUCGAAACCAGAUUGCCAAGGUUUAGUUUGCAGUCCCAAAGCGGGUUUGAAGUGUUAGCAAAGCACCACGGGUCGUCUCAGGAAACUUGUGCUGGACAAAAAGAUCAACACUGAAAGCCAAUGGAAAGAUGUACAUAGUGCGAGUGUGUAAAUAGUUGGGGAAGAAAGGAGAAUCUAUUUUAGGGAUGUUUACGUUUCCUCAUGUGUUUCCGUUGUGUGCCAAAACCUCGUGACAUGCGCAGACCGCUCCAGAGCCGCGUUAGCAUGAGCUCAGUAUUUAGCAUUGGAACCAAGAGCGAGCUAGCAUGCUAGCCAAAGUUGUCCAAACAUUUCUGGAUUGAUUAUGUGUGAAAUAUUUGAGUUGUAGUACCUUGGUUGUGUACACUUUAUCAUGACGAGCAACAAUAUUUAUGAGUUGUAGUACCUUGGUUGUGUACACUUUAUCAUGACCAGCAACAAUAGUUUUCAGACUUUAUUCUUUGUCAAGUUUCUGCACUUUAAGAUGAUCUUUCAUGUCGAAUAAUGAUGGUGGAAUAAAGCUUUGAUGGCA